AUGCCCAUCUACCUUCUCAGUAUCCUGGUUCUGGGCUACGGCUCAGCGGCAUCCAGCUGGAUAUACUUGGCCAACUGGAUCUUAUUGCUUGUGCUCAGCGUUGGCUUUGUCUUUUACUUUCCUCGCCUCGUGGGGUUCGUGUUAACACACCUUCUACGACUUUGGGUGUGGCGCAAGCACAAGGUCCGAAUAUCCAUUGGGUCGUUCCGUGUGUCGCCGCUUGGCGGACGUAUUGCUGCCCGCAAUGUCGUUAUCAUCACCCAAGAUAAUACCAUCUCCAUCAUCCGCAUGCAUCUCACAUGGCGCUACUGGUUGGUGCGCCUUCCGAGACUCCCUGCUUAUCUCUUUGCUCAAGAAGACUCGCCGGACGAAAGCAGCGGCAUGUCUCCGGAGCAGAACAAACGCUUGUCGACCAGUCUUCAGCUCUAUGUGGAUGGCCUCGAGGUUUUCGUCUACAACAGAACCCAGGCCUACACAAACAUUGUCGAGGCGUUGGCGCGUACAGACGCCAAGGACGAGUUCUCGUCGCUGUCUUCUGCCACCUUGGCGGACACAGAGGCGCACCUGUCGCUCGAUUUCUGGUUGAGCGUGCUCCCCGUGCAAAUGCAAAUCAAAAAGGGUGCAGUCAUCUUGGGCAAUGCCACAACUCCGUCGAUUAUGUGUGCGUCGUUCCAUUCGGCCACGGCGCUUCUAGACGUGUGUCAACCUCCAUGUCCCCAAGACCUUUUCCGCACAUCUGUCGACGUGACAAUGGAAAAAUUCCAGGUGGUGUUGAAACCCAACGUGACUUACGACCCAACGCGGUACUCGCUGGCCGAACCGCAGGCGCCCGUGACCAAGGCAGAACGCAAACACCGUGUCCGCCGGUUUCUCGCCCGCCUCAUUCCACAUCGCUCUCACAAGAAAGACACCAAUUCGUUUGAGUGGCACGGCUUGCGCCGCUAUGUUGAUGCCAUAGAGGACGAGCGCGUGGUGGAAAUCACUGACAUUGAGGAGUAUGCCAAAUAUAGCAUGAUCCUAGACUCUGCUCUGACCCGUGUGGUUUACUUUUUUGACACUCCCGGAUUGCACGGUGACGGACCGAAAGAACCUCCACCACAGUUUGGUGUAGAUGUUUACUUGUCGCUCGCUACUAUCCACUACGGUUCAUGGGCAGACAGACAGCGGGGUCCAAUCCAAACCAUGCUCUUCCCGUCCCUUUCACGUGAUAGCGAGGCUACAGUUGUAUGCGAAGACCCUGGACGGCCAAGAACAUAUGCGGGGUUCCGACUUCAAGUUUUUGUUCAGGACGAGCUUGUUUUUCGCUUGCCCACAAGAGAAUUCAGUAAGGAUAAAAGUGAUUUAGCCGCACAGGGUCCCAAGAGGCAGAAAAUCACCCGCCCGUUCGGCUGGCUUGAGUUCAAGCUUGCUCUGGAGUCGAAAAUCUCUUCUUUCACAUCGUAUAUUGCCAGUGAGAAAGGCUGGCCAAACACGUUGUCCAUUUUCAUGUCAAAACCUGAAGUGCGGUCUUCAGUCAAUCACGACGUUCUUUUCAUGGCCGACGAACACACUCUAGACUGUGAUAUUGGAUUUCCCUUGCAGUGGAACGGCAAAUGCGUGUGGACCUUCAACAACAAAACGAAGAACGGCUUGUUCUUUUUCCUCCGCGAGCAUGCUUUCCUAAUCAACGAUGUUGUAUCAGACUUUGCAUCGGGCGAACCCGCGCCAUACGAAUACUUUCGGCCUUUUGAGUAUCGCUUGAACUGGAGUGUAGAAGACUAUAAGUUGUACUUCAACGUGAACGACCACAACAUCAUCAAUGAUCCGUUGGACUUUGAUACAAAUAAGUAUCUUCGUUUUAGCGGUUCAUUGUUGAACAUUUCUUUCAUAAUACCAAUGUUGGGCCAGUUUUCUAAGAGCUCCAAAAUCGACUUCAAAAUUAACACCACGUCACUCGAACUUGACUUGGAAGUACCUUCAUGGCACACUGUUAGCGCAUUUAUGCAUGGCCGAAAAAAGAUGGGGAGCACUGAGGCAUUUGAGAUCUCAGGUUACUACAAUUACUAUAAUUCUAUUGAGGUUCACCAGAAUAACUUUGCGGUUAUCAAUGCAAUUGGAGAUAAUGUCACGCUCGUAUUCUUUGGAUAUCUCAUUCGCUACUUAUUCACGUUCAGAGAAAACUACUUUGGGGACUUCAAGCACUUCAAGACAUUUGAAGAAUACUCAAGCACUUUGCAUCAUGGAAAUAACCCAGACAGAUCAGAUGAUGAUUCUUCCGCGGAUACAGAAUUCGAGACUACUCCGGAUUACUGGAAAAUGCUCAAAACAGAGAACGAUCUCAAUGUUUUGUUCACUUUUCUGGUGCGGGGAGGCCUCAUCAUAUUGCCCUGCAAUAUCUACGACCACCAACGUCAUAUCGGUCUUGAAUUCAGUAGUUUGGAUGUGGAUAUCCACUUGACGAAUUAUUAUAUGGACCUUCAGGCAGAUUUUAGCACGGCCCAAGGUUUUGGGUGCAAGUCGGAAGAAUCUCAGAAAGUUGAUAUUUGGAACACGGCUGUUUACAGAGAAUCGGUACUGAAACAAAAGCCUGACAUCACAAUCGAUGGUUUUAGUGUCCAUACCCAUAGAAUGUUUGGUCUUGCACCAGAAACGCUUACCUAUCAUUGCAAAUGGGAUUUCUCUAGCGGAGCAAUAAAAAUAGAUAGCGAUCCGCUCUUCCUAGUUGGAUUGAAGUCUGUGUUUCAAAAUUUUGUAUUCGGUUACAAAGACCUUGAGAACACUUUGAUUUACACCACGCCUACGGUUUACGAUCUCGCUAAUUAUUCGUUCCGCUGCCCUGAAGUUUCUCUCAAGAUCUUCACUGGAAUUGAGAAUACGUAUUUACAUGUGUCCUUGAUUGAUAUUUUAGUCGGAUUCAAUGACAUCGCAAACUACAGAUACUCAGACAAAAUUGUCUUGAGUCUUCCGGAGAUUGAAGUCAAAGUGGUGAAUGAAGAUGAUGAAACUAUGCACCAAGCUUACUUAAAGACCUCUCUCACGUUUACAAACUUUUGCCAAAAGGCAAAAAUGUUGGAACACAGGAUUUUCCAGCAAAGAUAUGUUAGGCGAAGUGAUGCCCCUACCCACCGUGUUCCGUUCCUAUUAUUUGAAGAAAAUAGGGACGACAUCUACGUGGAUGCAUAUGGGUGUCUUUUUCCAACUAUAUCCUUGCCUACGGCGUCCAGUCCUCUCACGAGAGAAUGGGCACACUUGCAAAGUGAUGGCUAUUCUGCAUCAGAAGCUGCAAGUGAUACUGAUAGCUCUGCUAUUCUGGACGCUCUGGACUAUUUAAAUCCUACGGUUAAUUAUUAUGAAGAUGACUUUGUUCCGCAGACCCCGAUAAGACCAGGCUACAAAACGGACGCACUUAUAUUUGAGCUCGGGGCGGUCAAUGCUUUUUUCACUCCUGAAGGCGCACAGUCUAUGACAUCGUUUGCCAGUAAAUUGCAAUUUCUCGACCUUGAUACACUAAUUGAUAUGAUCCAGAUUGAAGCCAUCAAUCACUUGAAGAAACUAAUCAUUCCCCUCUCCACAAUUGACAACAUUCGUUUUGUUUGUCCAAGUAUUGAUUUGAAAAUUGCAGAAAAGCCGAUUUUGGAUAUCACAUCGGUCCUAUGUUCUUCUCCUAGCGUUCCAGCUGUGACGAUUUCUGUGAUAGAGCCAUCAAUCGCUUUUUCAUCGGUUGCAACCAAAACUAGACGAAAUAUUGACCUUGUUGAAGAAAAGUCGUCCUCAUUAGCAUUCCAUGUCCAAGAAGUUUACUUGUCUGUACACGAUCCCAAUUACUUCACGUCCGUUUUUUCCAUUCAUAUCAAUGACUUUGAAGGAUGGAGUGCAACAGAUCAACCUUCAGGAGCAAUAUCUCAUUAUGGAAUAGGAGAGGUGCUAUGUGCGAUGGAGACAGUGCAAGCCCAAUGGACUGUAUCGUUUGUAACCUCGCUUACAAGCGCUUUCAAGGAUUGCCUUCGGGAAUUUGCCAAAGUGAAAGAAACAUCCGUAGUAUGGAGACGGGAGUUGAUUCAUGCUUUGACCACAUGUGCCAGAGACAAGAACAUGCAACAUGAUCCCGCUGUGAUUACUAAGCCUGCAACAAUCUUAAGAUCUUGUGACGAUCAUGUCAGGUUCUAUGACAGCUGGAAGCUUGUUACCAAACUUCGGAGCAUUUUGUCUGAAUUGCCAACGUAUGAGGAAGAGAAGUUGCGCUUCAUGAACAGGGAAUGGAAAUGCGUACCAGAUGCGUUGAAGGAGGUGAUGGAAUAUUUUGGAAACUGGCGCUCUUGGGAAGGAAGCAUAGCUCAGAGAACCAAUUAUUUUCGCCAUAUAUUUGGCGAAGAGUUGAAGAGUGAAAAAAAGUCGCUUUUGUUUCUCAAGUUAACACUGGGUGGCUUCAAUAUAAACCAAUCAGGUACAACUGUGGAUUAUUUGGCUCUUCAUGGUGUUCGUGUCGUUUUGAAUUCAGAUAAUCUGGGGUCAGAUGUCUUUUGGGAUGACAUCAACGGUGUUGAAUAUAAAGAGGAAAAUUCUUUCCUUGUCAACGUCGACGCUUGUGAUGGUCUUUUUUCUUCACUAACAUUUGAUACGGUCUCAAACGUCAUCAAGUCCCUCAAUUGCGAACAAUCAACCAAUGCAUGUCAAACAAAAGAAACCAUUCCUGAAGAAAUGGUACCUUGGAUACAUCUGUUGGUGAAUUUUAAACUCUUUCAUAUACGGAUUGAUUUGCCCGCCACCUUUAUUGAACUUUAUUCCUACGACAACAUCUCCAAUUAUGAGUCGUAUGCUCACGCAGGUUUCAAUAUGAGCAACCAGUUCAGAGAAUUUACAGUGUCAUUUGGAAAGGAAGAACAAGAUUACAUCAAUAUAUCGCUUGAACAACUUCGUGUUACCCUCAUUGAGAGCAAGGACAGUGGUGCCUGUAAGGCUGUUAAUGGAAGUCUCAAACAUUUCGAGUUCAAAUUUUCUGACCAAGAUGGGAAACUUGACUCCACCAUUUCUUCCUUUUUUCAGGAAGACAUGCCGAAGAUCAAGAAUUUGAUACCCGAGAAACAGGACGAGGGUCCCAAUUCUGACAAAAAUCUCACGAAAAGAAGCACCCAGAAUAAUUUUAUUGUGAACUUCUUAGUUGAGAAAGUUGACUGGUACUUAGAAUUUUUUUGGGUCCUCUUCGCUUCCCAUUACGCGUUGGCUCGAGGCAAAUACAGCUUGAGCCAUCUGCAAGGUGCACUAGCUUUCGACUAUUUUCACAAGAGUACGUCUUGUGAUGCAGUUUUACUGGAAAUGACAAUUUCUACACACAGAACAGACAAACAUGCGUUUGAAGUCUACCGCAAAACAAUUGGAUUCUCUUUGGAUGAUUAA